GCUGCUGGUCUUCCUGCUGCUCCCAGGGGAGAGAGCAGGAGAGAGCCUGAGGGGCUGAUGGGAACUGGCAGAGGCAGCAGCAGAAUCCUGCUCUGUGACCUGGCCUGGCGGUUCAUCUGUCAGAACUUCUACCUCUGGUCUCCGUGGGCUGGCUGAGUGAUGGCUUGUGCGUGGCCUGGAAGGGGGUCAGUUGGGCAAUGACUUCAUAAAUGAAGGCGGAGUCCCGAGGGGUGCCCAGCCCUUUCCUCAGAAUGCCUUUCCCAGCUCUCACUUCUCUCCCCCUAGUGCUCUUUCCCUGGGAGGGCUGCAUUUCCUCCUGGCCUCUCUGUCUUUGGAGGAAUCUUCAUGCUUCCUCCCUUCUGCCGUGAGCAUGAGUGGGAGAGGAAGAGGUAGCCCCCCAGGGCUUAUUUAGGUUCCUGGGGCCAGGAAAGGGGAGGAGUCCUUUAGUGGAGGAACUCUGAUCUUUGAGGUUCCGGACCGCUCAGUGUGAGCUGUGGCAGUGUUACGUGCUAUUCCUAGGACAGGUGCAAAGUCCCAGGUAGAUGGGAGGAGCUGCCUCAGGCAGGCUGGGCUUCUCUCUGGCUCUGGGCCAGCGUCACAGUGUGUUUGGAGUGGGUGUUGGGAAGAGUGCAGGGUCUUUGCCCACGUCUGCUGAGUGAGGCCCACACAGUGCUGGGAGGAGCAGUACACCUCCCUGGGCCCAGUCCUGGGGGUGGGGGUGCCCUGGGAGCUUCCAUGGACCUGCAGGAGUAUAGUCAGGGUGAGGGGCUGGGGCACAUCAACAACAACCAGCGUUCAAAUCCUGCUCUGCCACUUACUAGACUUGUGGCCUUGCCAAGUUACUUCUCUGAGCUUCAGUUUCUUCCUCUGUUGCAGAAGGAUAAUAGGCAUUAGGGCUGUUGUAGGAUUAGCACAACACCUGGUAUAGUAAAUACUGAACACGUGAUAGCCACAUUAGUAUCAUUACUGUCGUUAACUACCACCAUAAUUUCUUUGAUGUUGUUUUGGAACUGAGGGAUAAGGGGGCCAGGAGACGGGCAGGCUCGCUCCGGUGGUUUAUCUCUGAGGACUGAGGGGUGGGGGCCAGAGGCCUCUCUCUGGAGAAGGAGGUGGGUGGAGAGGACAGGUGGAGGCGUCUCCCUGAGAGGGCUAUGUGGGAGCAUGUGUGGGGAGGAAGGCUGAGUCCUCCUUGCUGGCCAGCCUGUUCCCCACAGAUGUUGGCUGCUGUAGCUCUCAGUCUUCAGCCUUGCCCACCACAGCAUGGCAGCAUGGUAGCUGUUUCCAGCUCUAUCGCUCUCUUCAUACCCCUGACACGACCAUAGCCGUUGCCUGCUGGCACUUGGAUUGCAUGGUCCAGUAUGCCUCCUGCACCAUUCUCUGGCCCCAAACUCACCUAGAAUACAUACCAGGUAAAGAUUAUCUAUCUAUAUCUAUAUCUAUCUAUCUAUCUAUCUAUCUAUCUAUCUAUCUAUCUAUCUUAUCUAUCUUACCUAUCCUACCUAUCUUACCUAUCCUACCUAUCUUACCUAUCUUACCUCUGGCCUUAUCUGCCUCCAGCCCAGCCAUAAUGUGGCUUAUCUAAAGGCCUGAGAGAUGGGGCACCUAGCCCUACCCAGCUUUCCAGUUCUUUCAGUUCCCUUCUUAGGGCUUCCUGAGACACAGUGGCCAGGACCUGUGCAGAGCUCUUACAGAGGGGAUUCUCACAACCUCCAUUCCUUGUGAGCAGCUGAGUUGGUCCAGGCACAAUGUCCAGCCUAUUUGAGGAAAUCACGAGUUGUGGUCCAAGAGACGGAGCUGGAGGGGAUAUGAUUGCUGUCAGAAGCAUCCUUGACUCUGACAGAUUUCACUGCUUCUCUCCGGUGAGUGGGAGGAGAAAUUUCCGGAGAUGCCAGUACCACAGGACAGACCUCACCCUAGAGGACAUAGUGGAGAGAGAGGAGGGUGAAGUGCUGUUUGAUAAGCUGGAUUCUGGGCUCCAAGGCCAAAAGGCUGAGUUCCAAGUUCUGGAUGUGGUAGACUCAAAAGGAAUGUUGACAGUGAAAUUAUCGAAAGAAAUAAUAAUUGCAGCGACCUUCCACAGAUCCCACAAGCAGAGAAUCAAGACAUUGGAGACCUGGACCCAGCAGUAUCUGGAUUCCCUUGAGAACAGUGAGUUGAAGAGAAAACUACCUACUUUGUUGCAAUCAAUCGGAGAAAUGAGAGCAGACCUCUAUCUGGUGACAGAGACUCUGGAGACAGCAAGGAAGGAAACCCUGAAAACUGAAUGGCAGUGUAUGUUGUGGAGUUGGAUGGGAGGCAGGGUCUGUGAGAGAACCAGCCUUGGCCCACCCAUGGUAAGUCAGGCGGAUACCAGCCCAGAUGUCAGGCUCUUCGGCUCUCCUUCCAGACCUCCCUGGAAAUCCUUGAGUUUGGAGGACUUCAGAAACAUGAAGGAGAAGGUGCAGGACAUGCUGAGAGGCCUCUAGGAUCUGACUGAUGUGCUAAGCUGCCUCACUAAGCACCUCAACAAGGAGGGGCAGCAACAGAAUCUAGAACAAAGAGUAAGGGACCCAGGAAAGAAUUGGAGCAGAGAGAGGGAGGAACCAGCAGGAGGGGCAGUUACCGUACUGAAGACAGUCUACUAUAGUGGGACUGGCACUCAUCUCCCCCAUCUCCUGGCCUCGGUGUCUGAGGCCCUGAUCUCUGGUGACCUGGAGGGUCCAGCAGAUCCUCUUGUAAGUAGCUUUUUAAUGCUUUUUAAUGCUGCUUGGAUCUUGGUAAAAACACAUACAGAAUCUAUUCUGAAUGUCCUGGAUGCCUUGAUUGAGAUAUCUUAGGAGCAGCAUCUUGUGGCUGAGGCCCUGGAAAAGGGGAUCCUGUCCCUGUUGAAAGACCAGAUAAGACACCCUGGACUGAGGGCUAGGGUCAUAGUAGAAGUGAAUGCCUGUGUUCUCAAGGGACUCAGAAGUCCCAGGGUACAGUCCUUCCUACUUCGUAGUUCUCUGUCAGUUCACAUCCAUUCAGCUGGUUUGUGGCAAUUCCCUGGAACACAUGGUUUCCAGGACAACUCAGGCUUAAUAAGCUCUGUUGCUAGCCUAUGGGUAAGAGAGGGGGGUGGAAAACUGUUAGUCUCAGGAUGGCAGUGCCAACACGUGGAGUCUGUCCUGGAGCAGAACUGGGGUGAGCAGCCCCACGAUGUGGGCUGUGACCCUGAUGCAAGAUUUCUCUGUGCCCUCCGUGUUGCUGUCUCCGUCCUGCUGCAGCUGGGUGAGAAGCCUAUCUUAGUGUCUUCCUAACUAUGUUAGCUCUUGAACCAUCUGGAUGCUCCCCUCCCAGACCAUCCUCUCCCCCUGCACCCCCAAUCACUAGAACAAUGUCUUUAUAACAAACAGCUGACUUUUCUUUGAUAGAUCCCAUUCCCUUCAUGAUAAUGCCCCCAAAUCAGCCUACAUUAUAUGCAUGGACUUUUCUAAGA